AGAAACAACCGAGCAACACUGGCUGUCAUCUGUCACACGUCAGUUAUACGUCAUUUGUAAAUAACCAAUUUCGUUUGUGUAUGUGUAUUUUCGUUCUGAUAAAAUACGAGAAAAACCUGUUAAUAUUUAUCAACGGACGGUUUUAUCUGAUUUUCCAAUGCAUCGAUCCAAUCCCGAUUAGAAGUAACCAUGCAGCACCAAUAUUGGGUAACGAAAACCAGCGUUUUGAGGAAAUUGGGUGGCAAAGAGGACGAAUGCAUAAUAUCCUCCGACGCCGAAUUGGACGCCAAAUUGGAGCUAUUCAAAUCGAUCAACGACAGCUGCAAUCACCUACAGCGAGUCAUCGAUCUGUACCAAGAGAGGUUGUGCUAUUUGGCUCAAGAAGAGAACGUCCUGGGACGGUACUUGAGGGACUGCGGUAAAAAUGAAAAGAACGCCUCGGCGGGACAAAUCAUGUCCAUAUCGGGCAAAGCGCUGGCGUACACCGGUCACCAAAGAUUAACCGUAAGACCGUCUUUAGUUAGAUUACACCACGAACUGGAAACGUUCAGAAAUAGAGCUAUAACGGACACUCGAGCUACUAUAUCCGAAAUGGAAAAAGCACGAACGGAAUACAGAGCCGCAUUGAAUUGGAUGAAAUCGGUGUCGAGCGAGCUCGAUCCGGACACGGGCCACGGUUUGGAGAAGUUCCGGAAGGCCCAAUCAUACGUGAAAAAGUCCAAAACGAAAUUCGACCGGUUGACUUUGGCUUGUUUGCAGAAAGUGGAUUUGCUGGCGGCGGCGCGUUGCAACAUGUUUUCGCACAGUUUAGUUCCCUACCAAAGUGCCAUUAAGAAUUUUUCUACCAAAUCGGCGGACACUCUCAGCACGGCCGCCGCCAAAUUGGCCACGUUGGAACCUUCGGAUAGUUCCACUGUACUCGAACUGUUCUCGCCGCUCGAGGCGGACAAGACGAAAAAAACCUUCUUCAAUUCCGAGUAUACCGAUCGAAAGGAAGACGCAGCAAAGAAACCAACCGAAAGCACCAAAGAGUCUCAAUCGAGCGAUGUGGGAGAUCUACUAAACACCGAUCUAUCCGAGUUACCUUUACCUGAGCAACCGAUAAGCGAGGAUGGUUCAUUGAAACCGAGCUCGGAGUUGCUCGAUUUGAACUGGAACUCCAAUUCGGAGUUUCUGGCCGGGGAUUUUAUGCCUUCGAAUCUCUUAAACGAUGGAUUCUUCAACGUUGCGGAUUCCACGAACGAUAGUCAACAGAAUUCUAGUCAGUCCGCGGGAAAUGCGCGGGAAAACGGCAAGCAGGUCUCUUGGUUGAGUUUGUUCGCCGAAUUGGAUCCGUUAUCGAACGCAGCGAUUGAUAAUAGUCCUGCGGAUGGUACAGACAGAGCCUAAGAUGGUGGAUCUUACUCUAAUGUGUGAAAUCGAAGCUCCUCCGAGCUUCAUUUAUGCGUUAGAGUAUAACGUACUUCUUUAUAAUCUCACUAUUUUUAUUUUUUAUCAAUCAUACGCGAUUUUGUUUAUUUGAGCAUUCCAAUAGAGGACAAAUACUAUUUUAUGAACGAAGAUUAAACAUAAGGUCUUCUAAAAAUAUUACAUAUACGCAUAAAUUUACAUUUUUUAUUUCGAAAUUCCGCCUUUAAUCCAUAUCCGGGCUUAAUCUUCCCGAUGUAAGAAAAAUACAACAAAAAUAAAGAGACGCAACAGAACGUAUCAUAUACUGUAGAACUUAAAGUACAUAUACAAUUUUAUUUAAAUACAUACUCGGUCAGUCUACAUUAAAAUCACAAUAAAUUACGUAACGUGUUGUUUCUUAUGUGCAAAAUUUAAAAAAAAAACCGAAAGAAUUCAAACGAAAUCACACCUCUGCGAACUGGGUCAAAGCGGACUUAACUCUGCAACAAAAAACAAAUUGUUAUAGGCACGAUAAUAGUCCAUAUUUAUAAAAGUGAAGGAUUUACUUUUAAAACCCUAAACAAAACUUUUUAAAACCAUAAAACCUUUUGCAAUUAAGGCCCUCGAAGCGAAACCCUUCUUCCUUCACUUCUUUAAAGCAAUUCCUUCAAUUUUUUCAUCCUUCACAAAAAGGAUUCACCAUCUUUCAUCCUUCACCUUCAUCAAAUUCCCAUUCGAGAGCCUCACCUAUCAAAUAAAUUCGAUUCCGUAGUGCUCAACAACUGCUGCAAGAUCUUCACCACUCCCAACUCCUUCAAUCGCGUCUGCCUUUCGGCGGCGCCCGGCUCGCCGCGCCUCGUCAGAUUGUUGACGCAAAACACCGCCGAUUCCUGCAAACAGGCCGCCGGAUGGUUCAUGUAGUCGAUCAGCUUCUUCAGCACGUCUUCAUUGGACAUGAUGUGCUCGCGGGCGCGCUCCCCGUCGGCGAUGUUGCCCAAUAUACACAACGCCUGCUCCUUGAUGUCGGGCUGGUGGGGCCCUUCCAGCACCAAAACGACGCCCUGCAUGAUCUGCGCCCCGUGCAGGGCCAUCAUCAUGUCGGUGUGCGUGCGAGGGGACACCAAAUUCCUCAGUAGCCCCAACGUUUUCAUUAGAACCUGCGUUAAAAGCUGCGUUAAUGCGAGUUUAUUCGGUAGUAUAUUGGGUGUAUUACUUUAGUAUCUUGAUCGGCUAGCAGCCUGAAUAUUUGAUCCGUGCCGAGGGUAGUGAGAAUUUGCGAUUUCAAUCGCUGUUCGGCUUGGAAGGCGAGAUUCAUCAGGGCCCAAACGCCGUUCAAACGAAGACUGGGAUCCGAUUGGGACGUGAUAGUAGCCAGCAAUUGGACGACGCCUUGCUGGAUCAUCGGCUCCUUCGCCGGACUGAAUUCCAACAGUAAAUUACAUAAAGCGGAAGACGCCGCCGUCAAUAACUC